UAUUAUUUGACACGUACACAUGACGUACGUCAGAUUACAUGUCAAACAUGCGAAAGGAUGGAAUUUCGCUGAAGGCUGUUCUGAAACAUUCAAAACAUUCGAAAUUCUGUCCUAGAAAGUGAAAACAGCCACAACAUCCAGCACAGCUGUUAAAAAUGGCUGAUGCUAGGCACUCUAGGGAAGUUUUGAUCAUUUUAGGCCUCUGUUUUUCGUGGUACAUCGUUAGUUCAUCCAAUAAUGUUAUUGGGAAAAUGCUAUUAAAUGAUUUUCCAUACCCUAUGACGAUGACGAUGGUGCAGUUGUUAUCCAUAACAGUCUUCAGUGAGCCCUUUUUCAAUAUAUUGGGUGUGAGAAAGUAUGCAGAUAUGUCUUGGAACUAUUACUUCAAGUUAAUAGUUCCUCUUGCUUUUGGCAAGUUUACUUCCUCAGUAUUUUCUCAUGUUAGCAUAUGGAAAGUUCCUGUUUCUUAUGCCCAUACAGUAAAAGCCACAAUGCCUCUUUUUACUGUACUCCUUUCAAGGAUAAUUUUAGGAGAAUCUCAAACUUGUCAGGUGUACUUAAGUUUAGUUCCAAUUAUAACAGGUGUUGCUAUUGCGACAUUGACUGAAGUUAGUUUUGACAUGAUGGGGUUAAUAAGUGCACUCAUAGCAACCUUAGGGUUUUCAUUGCAAAAUAUAUUUUCUAAGAAAGUGUUACACGAUACUGGUGUUCACCAUUUGAGAUUAUUGCAUAUACUAGGUAGACUCGCUCUUUGUAUGUUCCUGCCAGUAUGGUUAUACUGCGACUUUUUUACCCUUUUGGGGGAUAAGACAGUAGUAAGUAAUAUAUUCAUUUGCAUUCACAGCAUAAUGAACAUGUUUUCAAUGUUUUUCCAGACAUAUCACGAUUAUAGAAUACUUGGCCUAUUGUUAGCUGAUGGAACACUAAACUGGUUGCAAAAUAUAAUUGCUUUUAGUGUCCUAUCUCUAGUAACUCCACUGACUUAUGCUGUGGCCAAUGCAAGUAAGAGAAUAUUUGUUAUAGCUGCAUCACUUUUUGUAUUAGGGAAUCCAGUGAGCUUUACCAAUGUAUUUGGCAUGAUGAUGGCCAUUGUAGGAGUUUUAUUCUACAAUAAGGCCAAAUAUGAUGCAAGACAAGCAGAAAGAAAAAGUACAAUAUUACCAUCCUAUAGAUCAAAUGGUAAUAUUGAUUAUAGAAAAUUGACUAACAUAUCUUCUAAUGGAUAUAUUCCUAAUGGUAAUGUUACUUCGAAAGGUUUGAAUAAUAACAGUAAUAAGUAUCAGUACAAUGCAAAUUUUCAAAGAAGCAAUAUACUCUUUAGUGUCUAAAUACAUGAAAUAUGGAUAAUUGAGAGUAGAUAUUGUUCUGUGCAAAAAUUAAAACUGCUAAGUGAUGAAUAAACAGACGAUCUUGAAAAUAUUCAAUGGAAUCUCACGUAUUCCUAUUAUUUAAAGUGUACUUUUUCUUUAUACACUACCAAUUUUCUUUAAAUAAGUACCUGUUUUAUUUUAAUUUAUUAAUGUAAUCCAAUUUUCAUAAGAGUACUUACAUUAAUUCAUCAUUCAUUGUGCUUUCAAAGUUUCUCGUUAGCAGAAUUAUUUCAGAGAAAGUGUUCAUCCAUUCAGAACUUUUCAUUCAGUUACUGUGAACAAUUAGAGCACCAACCUCAAGAAAUUUAGCUCAAUCUUACUAUAGGUAUCAAAUUUGACAAGAUUAAAAAUUAUUAAAACUUUCUGAGGAAAAAAAUUUGAAUACGUUUAUGUGAGGUUUAAGUUUUCUACGUUACGAAUAUGCAUCAGAGGGAAAUUAUUCGAAUCAUUUCAAAAGUAGAUUAUAACUUUAUGAAGAAUUUCCUCUACAAAGAAAAAUUAAUAGAAUAGAUUUGAUAAAUAAAUUGUUUUCUGAAGUGGUGUUUGAAGAUUAGUCAAAAUUUUGAUAGACUAUUUUGUACUAGGACGAAAUAUAAGAUAGUUUCCAUGAUUAAAAUUCAAGUCCUGUUUGGAAUGCUUAUGUAAUUUUUAUUCCAAAUGUUGCUUAUUGAGUUGGAUACAGAUCUAGAAAUUUUUAUUAGUAGCUAUUUACAAAAUUUUUUCAUUUCAUGAAACGAAAUCGCAGCUAUAGUAUUGAUAACAUUUUUAUUUUUGUUUUUCUCAAAUUAUUUAGAUGUACAUAGUAUUUAUUGUUGUCGACUAGUCAUACAAAAAAAUGGUUGCCAAAUUCACAAUUGAAUCUAAUCUGAUGAGUGCACUUAACUGUGCAUGUAAUUUUUUGUAAUUAGUGUUUUUUUGUCUUAAAUUGCUUUGUAGCUUGAUAUCGUAUGGUUCCUUUUAGAAUAAAUGAAAAGGAUAUUUGGUUAAAGUCCAUUUCUCCUGAUAUCGCUCAAAUAUUAUCAAAAUAUAUUCGUGAUUAACUCAAUUCUAGAUAAUUAUUCACUUUCUGUUACUCUGAAAAUUAUGCUUUAAGGUCGUGCAUAUGAAUUUACCAGACUAUUUAGAGCUUUCCUGAAAUAUAUUUUCAUAUUUCUUGAUAAUUAGGUGUAAUGUAUAUAUUAUAUACAACUAGAAGCUUAUUCAAAUUGUAUUGAAUUUUUAUUGAGUGUGAUUAUAUAACCUUUGCAUAUUCUUUUAUUAGCAUACUAAUCAUUAUUUAUUGUAAAUAAUUUAGAAAAAUGAUUAUUUGAUCAAUUGAAUGUAUCUUUGUUUUCUGAAAGUUAAGUUUAUUUGUUGCUUGAAAUAUAAUAUUAUAAAGGUCAUUAUGUACAGAAUAGAAAUUGUUGAGUAUUUUAUAAAUAAUGUGUAUGAAAUUCAUAGAUAAAUAUUUUUAUACAAUGA